AGCAUUCGUGACAUUCGAUUACAUUCUAACUCCUACACCCAAAGAGCUGCUUGCUGUGUAACUAGUAGUCACUACAAUAACCGAGCCUUUCACGCCACUCACGGGACAGUCAACCUUCAAGCGCUGCGUUUUCUAUCACUGCGUUACUGGUUGCUGAAAAAACUAUCCGUCCACCUGACGCGUAUGCGGUCGAGCAUUGUACUAACUUUAGGCCACCUACACGUUAGUCACGCGCUGAGUUUCUCCAGUGGUAAUCGCACCCGUUAUGGCUAGUACAACGGCGGUCGGUUGCCCUCUGGCGCUCGCUUCGCCUACUGGACAUGAGCGUGCAUCUUCGCGGCGCUUGUGUUUUGUUCGGCGCCAGCUGGAUCGGUGCAGCAGACAAACCUGGAGCUCCCGAGGCCUGGAAGCUUCUCGCCCAACGCGGCGCGCCUACACCCUAGCGGCCGAGCCAGCCGCUCCUGGAGUGGACCUCCACUCCGCCGACUUGAAGGACAUGUGCACGUUGCAGUUGGGCAUGCUGUACCAGCUGCUGUCGCGUACAGGCACCAACUUCCGCUCCAUGCGCUGCACGGUGUAUGCGCGCGACUUCACGGUGGUGGGCCCGGGGCAGGUGAAGCUGGUGCGGGUGGCCACCUUCCCCGUGCUGCCAGGAGCAGUCCUGGGCCCUGCAGGGCGGCUCCGCCUCCUCCGACCCUAGCUCCCUCAUCGAGGAGUGCCUGCUGCGCAAGGAGGUGGUGGCGCUGCCCUCCUCCGCCGCGCUGGUGUUCCCGCUGGUGGACGGGGGCGUGCUGGUGGGCCUCAUGCUGGCGGAGAUGGGCAGUACGGCAGCGGAGGCGGAGGCGGAGGGAGGGAGUAUGGCAGGCGACGUGGGGGAGGAGCAGCGUGGGGAGGAGGUGGAGGAGGGGCGGCACGGGGGAGCGACCGGUGCCCUGGGGCCGGGGAGAAGCAGCGCGGGUGCGGUGCCGGGGGUGCUGGGCGAUGCGUGCUGUGGGGACUGCGGCGCGGCGCUGUUGCCGGUUCUGAGAGGGGUGGGGUCGGUGGGUAGUGCGGCGGCGGGUGCGGCAGCGGCGGCAUCGCAUGGGGUGUGUGGCGGUGGUGGCGGUGGCGGCGGAGGAGGAGACGACGGAGGUGGCGAUGCGGUGGAUAGCCACGUGCGGCGCGGCGUGCGAAGACAACGCACUCUUACGGAGGAGGAGCUCAGGUGCCUGCGGCUGGUGGUGCCACUGCUGUCCAAGGCGUGCGGCAUGGACGCGCGCGCGUCCUGGCUGCUGGCACGCAGCUCCCUGACGGCGGCGGCGGCGCGGGGGCUGCUGCGGGAGGCGCGGCGCCCGCUGGCCACCCUCAACACCUUUGGGAGCAUGCUGGUGCCGCGGCUCAAGGAGGGGGAGCCGGACAAGGACAUGGCGGAGGGUAUACUGAUGCAGGGUAAACGGCUACAGGACCUCCUGUGGCAGCUAGAGGACGCGCUGCACGGUCCCCCGACCCACGGGUCGGCCGCCAUGCCCGCCAGCAUGCCACUCCCCGCGUCGGGCGCCCUGCCGGCAGCCGGUGUGCGGAGUCCGCUCCCACCCGCCCCGCCAGCCCCGCCGUUCUCCGCCCCCAGCGCCCGCCCGUGCGACCCCAGCCCCGCUGUGCAGGAGCUGCUGCAGCUGCCGCAGCCGCAGACCCCCACAGCAGCCACUGCAGCCGCGCUAGCAUCCGCCUCCCCUCACGCAGAGCCCGCUGCACAUCCUGACGCGGGACACACAGUGGCCACAAGCGCUACGGAAGCGGCCGACCGGGGGCCCCUGGUGAUGGCGGCUGCUCCCAAUGAGGACAGCGACGCAGCAGCGCAGUCGCAUGGCAGCAGUGCGGUUCCGGAGCCGGUCCUACCCGGCCGCGUUACCUUUGUGGAUAGGUCCUCACCUGCAUCUGGGACAGAUGCCUACCCUCUGCGGCAGCCGCCCGCUCAGGGCGCUAGUCAACCCGUUGUGCUCAGUCAGGGCUGUCGGCCCUACACGCCGCUCCCACCCGCCCCAGCCUCCACGACCACCAUCGACGUGGAGAUGGACGAGCGCGGGUCCAGCACUCGCAGUACGGCAGCCCCCGCGGCAUGGGACUGGAGCUCCCCGCAGCACCAACAGCAGCAGCAGCAGCAGGCGCCUCACCACCACUACCACUACCGUCAGCAGCAGCACAGCCCUGCGGGUGCUGCCGCGGGGCCGGGCGGCCCGCUGGGCUCCGCGCUGAGCACCAACCUGGUGGCGGCGCUGCAGGGGGUGCUCACCGCCGCAUGCAAGCUGGCAGCGGUCAGCGGCAUCGGCUUCAGUGUGAACCCGCCACUGAUGGCCAUCAUGCCGCGACGUAGCAGCGUCGGGAGCGCCAGCAGCAAGCAGCCGCGGCCCCAAGCAGCCACGGACGCGGGCGUAGCUACCCCUGCCCAGCUGUCCAUGCAGCUGCCCGAAGACCAUGCAAGCGCUGAGCAUGCAGGACCGGCACCUGGUCAGGGGUUGAUACCCCGGCCUGUGCGGCCGCUGCUGGUGGGGGUCCGCGGCGUGCUGCUGCAGCGGGUGGUGGGAUACGUUGUGGAUAUAGCGCUGCAGUGCACGCCGCGGGGCGGGCAGGUGUGUGUGUCGGCGCGGCCGGAGGGUGCGGGGGUGCAGGUGCAGGUGCAGCACAGCGGGCGCAUGGAGCCGCGCAGGCUGCAGGGGCGCGCGGGGCACAGGAACGGGGCGGCGGCGCCCGCAGGCGCAACGACACACGUUUCCUUGGCAGCAGCAGCAGGGACAACAACAGCAGUAGCUGGGGCGUCAGCAGCAGCAGCAGGAGGGGUUACCAAGACGCGGGAUGGGUUGCUGGGGCAUGGCAGCAGCAGUGUUGUAGCAGCACCGGGGGGUGGUGUGGGCAGGGUGGGCGGGCGCGGCUCGGGAGGGGGCCUGCAGGUGGGCUCCGGGGCUCUGAGUGUGGAGAUGGCGCAGGAGCUGGCUCGGCAGGCGGGCGGCCGCCUCACGGUGCUGUUCCCGACCAACCUGGUGAAUGCGGCGAGUGGGGGAGUGGAUGUGGGAACCAGUGUGGAGAUAUGGCUGCCGGGGCCCAGUGCGGCAUCGGGUUGAGGGGGGGGGCUCAUAGCGGGCUGAGGAGAGGCGCAGCGGAGGACGCAGGCUGUGGUUUGGUUUGUGUGGUCGGAGUGGAUGGAGUUUCUGUGCGUGUGCGACUGUGGGUGUGGUGGGAUGGUUGAUGCGGGUGUGGAGUGGCAGGGCCGUACCAAUCGGUUGGGGUCAGUUGCCGUGUUGGAUUGUUGUAGUGGCAUCAACUACACAGGGGUGAUGCCCUUGUACCGGUAUGUUUGCAGCGUUGGUUGGUCGGCCAAGUUUGGUAGCCCUUGGCAUCGAAGCCAGUCUUGCACCUUUGGAAGCCGCUUCAGUAGUCUUCCCGUGGAGCGUACAGCUACACUGGGAAGUGUGGAGUGUGAGUUGAGCGGAAAACAAGCGCAAGCAGUUGGGAUAGGUUCGCAUGUGAACCGCGAGUUACAGGCAAAACAGAGGUAACCAAACCUGAAACAUAACUCAAAAACUGCUUAACUAGCUGGUGCUGGAUGUAAGAAGAGUGGCGGGUUGACGACGCAUGUCGGUGGGAAGUGUGGAGUGUGUGUUAAUAGGACUGGGCGCGAUGACCCUGCACGUACACGUACACGUUGGGAAGGGCCGUGCAAGCGUUGCCAAGCGUUGCCAGGCUAGCAGUUUGUAGGGUGUUGGUUGCGGCGUGAACUGCGCAACUCCAUGAAGUUGCUUAUACUGUCGGUGACAUUGAAGAGGGAAAAGUGGAAAGCGUGGAUAGGCCAACACGCCCACGGGCCCUUACCUCGCCAAUGCACACAUUCCAUUAUCAUUUCCCUUGUGUGCGGGUAUCAUUUGAUAGUGACUAUACACUGCGGUGCUCAUGUCCUCGAGCCUUUCAGCGAGGUUUGAUCUUGCCCAUGCUGGGCACGUGGGACGAAACCGGGGGGCAUGGUGAAGACGUUACUUCUAUUGUACGGUUGCUGGACAUUGGGGUGAAGCCGUGGCCAGUAGCCCGGCCCCUAGCGUAGCGAUGUAAUGCCGGUGUGUGCGCUGGUCGGUAUCCGUUGUGUGGUAGUUAAUAACAAAAAAGAAAUAUCGGUUUGACGCGAGCGUCUUGAGAAACACUUUCAUUAAGUUUAUUCAAAAUAUGGCUAAAUCGAGCUAUGCCGGGUAUCCUGAGCUGCCGUGCUGACACGCCGCGCGACAGCUUCCAUGUGCUGCUUUUUACAGAAAGCGGCCAUUCUUAAGAGAUUUUGGGUUUUGAAGGUCAAUUACAGCCCCAGGCUUUCUGUUGCACGCCUUAGAUCUAGUACGCCCGCUCAAAGGCGAACAACAUCCACCUCGCGUAGCGCAAUGGAGGUGGACAAGGGUGACGCCAGGACAUUGAGCCUUCUCACCUAUAACAUAAACGACGAAGCCACUAGUGAAAGCGCUUCUUGUGGCUGGAGUCUGCAAACCCAACAUAAGCACAUCCGGAACCUCAUCCUCGACCACAACCCCGACUUGCUCUGCCUCCAGGAGUGUUUCUCCUUUCCAGACCGGCUGACCAAAGAAUACGAGUUCCACGGAACAGCACGUUCCCACCGCGGGACCUGCUACAUUGGCACGAGGAAAGGCGGCCCCCUCAAGGUGGACGGUCCUGCGACAACCGUCGGUCCCUGUGUGCUGGUGCCCCUCCGCCUGGGCGACCGCAGCCUCCUCGCCGCCUGCGCCCACCUGGCUCCCUUUGCGGAGUUCGCACCCAUGCGGGCGAGGCAGGUGGCGGACAUCGCAGCCGCCGCGCCCGCCGCCGUGCCGCUGCUGCUGGCAGGCGACCUCAACAUGCGCGAGAAGGAGGGCGUGGCGGUUGCGCAGCAGGGGCUGCAGGAUGCAUGGGUGGAGGCGGGCAGCCGACCAGAGCACCGGUGGAGCUGGAACACCAAAGUGAACCGGUACUACGUGGAGGGGCACGCGUACACGGCGCGGUACGACAGGGUGCUGUACCGCGGUGGCUUGCGGGUGGUUGACUUUGCGUUGACCGCGAAUGUGCCAUGCUCUGAGGAGCCGCGGCACUUCUUGAGCGAUCACUUUGGUGUUGUGGCACGGCUACAGCUGGACUAGCGUGCUUACCGCACACAAAGGUUACAUGCAGGUCUCUGAGGAGUUAAGGUUACAUGCCCUUGCGGCAGGGCUAGGGCGGGCCUAUUUUCUUAGGGCUACCGAGCCAUGCUUUCAGAUGGAAACGUGGUUUCUAAAGCCUUGGGCCAAUGGGGUUCUGGGCCGGAACCUUCAGGUGCACGUUAACUUGUAGCACGAGUAGUCUGGGAUUGGACACUAGGACCGUGGGACACAAUCUGGCACACCAAGCCCCGACGGCAUGCCUGUGGCACUGCUCCCGGUCUAACUAACAAUUAUAUGCGCAUGGUGUACCUACCAGAGCCCAAGAGGCAUACCUAGUGCUCAAGCUGUUCAGGGAGACAAGUAUUUGUUGCUUUGUUUUGCGGUUUACCUGAUGUGGUGAGCUCAUAUUGCAUGUGUCCCGCUGCAUGGGCAGAUUGUUGCCGGAACGCCGCCGACUGACCGACAAGCCAUCCGAGAUGGUGUCGGUUGGUUGUAAAUGGCCUUGCCUUCACAACGUUUCUAUCUGUCUGGCGGCUUACUAAGUUGCAGCACCAAUACUGUGGGUUUCAGUAGUGCUAACCCGGAUAGAGG